AUGACGACAUGGCAAACACCUGUUGUGCUGAUUUGCGCCUCUUUGUCCCAUGCGACUCUCGGAACUACCGUAUCGUUGAAGGAUUUUGCGGUGCUAGGACAUGCACUAUCGCGUAGCCUAAAUCAUGGCGGCGGCGCCAACGGUAUUGAGAAAGACGCUUCGCUUGCGUCGCGUGUUGACCACGGGGGCGCCGUUUAG